CUCCUUUUCUGCUCGCCUGGCUCGCUGGCACCCGCGUGGCUCGUCGUCGUCGUCGUCGUCCUCCUCCUCCUCCUCCGUAGCCAUUUUGGCUCAUGCCGCUCACCAGCGAGCGAACCCCCAGUGGCUCAAUCUGGCGUGGCAUGGCUUCCCGGUGCUUUGCGGCUGGCGGCGGGCUGCUUUCUGUCUGAGUCCUGGUUGCGAACUGCCACGUGCGGUCCUCUUCUUGUUCGCCUCCCUCCUGGCCAUGGUCCAUCGGCACUCGCCCGCGAAGCUGAAGACCAGGCGCCGUCGAGCCGCCGAGCGUGGCUUCCUUGUUCCUCGUCCUGGUCGUGGGCGUCGAUGGCUGAGCGUCCAGAGCGACAUGUUGGAGGAUGCCCGCAAAGUGACGCAGUCCAUGGAGCUUCACGCUGCCCACCACGCUCAGGGAGCUGCUCCACCUUAUCAUGCUGCACGCCUUGCCUCGUAUGCGGCGCGGGCGAAUGUCGGCAAGAGCGAGUAUGACAAGGCGCAGAAGAUCCACAAGGCCGCCAACGCUGCGAAGCACAAUGUCGAGAAGACAGCUGCCGCGUCUGCUCUCGCCGCCUCGUGUGGCGUGCCGUCCCGUCCUGACCCAUGGCUCGCUGCUGGGGCGGACCCAUGGGCUCAGGCGCUCGCCAAGCUACCCGCGGUCGUUUUGUCGUGCCCUGGUUGCGGUCGUGUCGCCUGCCUCGCUGCGCGCCGAGGCGGCGUCUUACGUGCCCGCUGCCGCUGCGGCCCCUGCUGUGACUCGGCCCACUGCCUCGCGCGGUGACCUGGAGGCGCUGGCUGCCCAGCUCGAGUACGCGCUGUGUCUGCUGGCGGCGCAGAACGACACCAUCGCCCAGUUGUAUGGCGAGCUCGAGGCACGUGUGCACGACAGCCAUGCUCAUCGCGGGUGCGGGGACGCCUCCGAUCCCUACAAGUACAGCGAUACCGCCGUCGAAGACCUGCACGCCGUGGUGAAGGCCAUGCUCACGAGCUUUCGGGAUGUGUGCCGCAGUGAUGUCGAGAGCAUCAUGUCGAAGAGCGUGACGAGCAUCGUGAGGUCGUCCAUGAAUGAGUUGAUGCAGAGCGUCGACGCCGUCCGCGACGCUGUGGCUGCAUCGUGUGCUGCUUCUGCGUCUCUGUCUGCUUCGUGUCCGCCUUUGCCGCGGUCGUGCACGUCGUCUCUGUCGGCCGCCGCCUCGCGUGGCGCCGCGCCCUGCGGUCGGGAUGACGCUCCUCACAUGCGGCCAGCUCGCCUUCGCCGUGGUAGUGCUGAGUUGUGCCCUGUCUGCGGAGGUUCGGAGUUCUUCAUCAGUGACGACAUCGUGCCGUGCUUCUGCAGUGGCUCCCCGCCAGCGGGCUUCUUCGCCUGCGGCGACGAUGGCGAUUGGUGUUCGGGCGGGCGUUGGUCGCAGUAAGGUGGCUGGACUCGCUCGCCCUCGGCUUCUGGGUCCUGUCGCCGCUCGUCCUUUCCCUGGUGGUCGGCGCCAGGCUCCCUGGUCGUGGCGGCGGGAUAAUAUAUCGGCCGAGUUGGCAAGGGCUGCUAAUCGGGUUGGCCUGGCCCCUCCCACUUGGCGGGAGAGAUUCGCGAGAGGUGUUUUCCCUGAUCCAGGUGCCGUGGUGAGUCGUCCAGCCUUUGACCCGACGUGGGCCCUGCGAGGCACAGGAGUUGAUCUUCCCAUCCGCCUAGACGGCGGGUUUGUGUUCACUGAUGUGUCGUGGCUGCACGCGCGGACGGUACCUACCGAGGGGCCAUCUAUGGUGUGGUGCCGCCCGAGAUUGCGAUAACGAGCGUUGCCAGGGACGGUGAAGAUUACGCAGCAUACACGGCUUCGGUGCACGUGCUAGGUGAGUUUUCGUUGAAGGCCGACUGUAAACCUACCUUGUCGCGCUGCUCUGACGUACCGAAGUCAACCGGCGUCACCAAUCCUCGAGCCCACUUGUGGCUCCGGGGGCAUGGCCGGGAAGAAUUCCAGCAUUUUUCUUUUCAGCAUGUCCCUGCGCAUUGCUCGAUGGUGGGCGCGAGGGAAGGAAAGCUGACUGACUUAGACCUGGUCGGCAAUGCCCGUGCAGACUCUUUCGCCAAAAGAGGCGCCAGUUUCGCACAAGCCGAAGAGCGCGAUGUGCUUCUCCUGGAAGGCUGUCUGGCCCUGGCGACCCAGGCGUGCAAAUUCUCGGCGAGGCUGGCGGUUAAGAUGGUUUCGGAAGAUGUGUGCGACCACCAGGGCCUGGAGGCCA